AUGUCGGCCGGAAUGCUGGCCGAUCCGGGGCCAUUGGGCAGAGGCCUCUAUGACUCCAGCCUUUCUCAGCUGCAUGCUCCAUCCGCUGUCUCAGUCGCCCCGAAUGCCUCGGUUCCGGCCAACCCAUCCUCGGCGUCUUCGCCCUCGGCCAGCCUGACUGGGAUACGUCUGCUUCUGCAGCAUCCCUUGACGCCCGGUCACCCGAACCACCCGAGCCACCAGAGUCUCCAGGCCGCCCAGCAGUCCCAUCGUCUACCGCACCACACACAUCACUCCCACCUGGGCCACCCGGGGCCCCCCGGGCAUCCGCAUGCCCACGCACACGCACACACGGCGGCACCACCACCGCCGCACCCACACUUGCACACUUACAUGCAUGCGCAACUACUGCCGUUGCCACAGCAACAGCCGCCACAACAGCAACAGCAACUGCCACACAUGCACUCGAGCCAACUCCGGCACGCCGGCUUCCCACAGUCGCCCAACCCCGGCGCCUCCAGCCUCCGACAAUCACACCCUCAGGCCUACCCUCCGCCACAUCGGCCCCACCUCCACCAUCACCAUCAUCAUCUCCACCAACAACAACAGCAACAGCAGCAGCAGCAGCAUAUGACGCAACACCAAGCUCAGACGAUGGGCCACGCACAUGUCGGCCCCUCGCAGGCUCAAACGUCGACACAACAUGGCCAACUCGGUCUCCAGCCCGGCCACUUGACCGGUGGACCACAUGCCGCCGCCUCGGCGCCGGCCUUCGGCCUGGCCGGAUCAGAUGGCGCCAACAGUCUCCUGUUGCCGGCUGCCGAUAGCCUACAUCAUGCCCUGGCCGCCCAGCAACGGCAAAUAGUUUUCGCGGGACAAUCGGCGGGUGAGACUGCGCUACCCCAUUUUCCUUUUGGUACCAUUUUUUGCUUGGACAAGGAACGGGAAGAGGGAAGGGCGAGGCUGUUUUCCCUAUUGUUGGUGCCGCCUACCUCGGCCUUCCGCCACCCAAAAGAGGCGGCAGAAUGGAACACUUGA